AUGGCUGACAAGAAGAACGAAGACUACACGGGCAAGCCGGAGCAUGAGAUGCGUACCUUUAAUGCCUCGCCCUCACCACGUCGAGACGCUGCUGGCAGAGGAAGAGGCCCCUUGCCCCUCUCGAACAUCACAAAUAGUCCUCCCAUCUCGAUCUUGGCAUAUUGUCUGGCAUCAAUUUCUAUGACAGUCACGAACAAGUACUGUGUUUCUGGCGCAGACUGGAAUCUAAACUUCUUUUACCUGGCUAUCCAAUCUCUGGUCUGUAUCAUUGCCAUUGUCAUUUGCGUACAGGUGGGAUUGAUUACGAACUUGGCACCUUUUGACCCGAAGAAGGGAAGGACAUGGUUUCCAAUCUCUCUGCUCCUCGUUGGUAUGAUCUAUACAAGCACCAAGGCCCUUCAGUUCCUUUCUGUCCCGGUUUACACCAUCUUCAAGAACUUGACGAUUAUUGUCAUUGCAUAUGGGGAGGUGCUGUGGUUUGGGGGAAGUGUCACGGCAUCGGCUCUCUUUUCCUUCGGACUCAUGGUUCUCAGCUCAGUUGUUGCUGCUUGGGCGGAUAUUCAGAGUGUGCUUUACGGCAGCUCUAAAGGACAAAGCGCAGAGGCUGCUGCAGCGCUUUCGACAUUGAACGCUGGCUAUGCUUGGAUGGGAAUGAACGUAUUCUGUACCGCAGCGUAUGUUCUGUCCAUGCGCAAGGUCAUCAAAAAGAUGAACUUCAAGGACUGGGAUACUAUGUUCUAUAACAACCUGUUGACGAUUCCCGUGCUCUUCAUCUGCACGUUUGCCUUCGAGGACUGGUCAGAUGAAAAUGUCCACAAGAACUUCCCCCUCGAAACCAGAAACAGCCUCCUCGUUGGAAUGAUCUAUUCUGGUCUUGCGACAAUCUUCAUCUCCUACUGCUCGGCUUGGUGUAUUCGUGUUACAUCCUCAACUACUUACUCUAUGGUUGGCGCACUGAACAAGUUACCCAUUGCAGUCAGCGGUCUCAUCUUCUUCUCGGCACCUGUCACGUUUGGAAGCGUAUCAGCAAUCAUCAUUGGGUUCAUCAGCGGCAUCGUAUACGCAUGGGCGAAGGUCAGGCAAACGCAGGCCAACAAGAUGACACUCCCUACAGCUCAGCCAGUCAUGAGCGCGAGCUCGCAGAGCAAUCGUGAUGCUGCAAGCUCGUAA